GCUGAACAACAUGUCGGCGCCACCACCACCACCACCACCGGCAGCAGGUUUUCCGAACAAAAACAGGGUUGCUAUUUUAGCAGAACUAGACAAAGAGAAGAAGAAAUUACUCCUGCAAAAUCAGUCUGGAACCAACAGCCCAGGUGCAAGCAUAGCCCUUUCAAGACCAAAUGUCAGCAAAGAUUUCCGUGACCAUGCAGAGCAACAGCACAUAGCUGCCCAGCAAAAGGCAGCACUUCAGCAUGCUCAUGCACAUUCCUCAGGAUACUUCAUAACCCAAGACUCUGCUUUUGGAAAUCUCAUUCUCCCAGUUAUCCCACGUCUGGAUGCUGAGUGACAGUGGUUACUUCUGUUGAGGUCUUCCUGAGGCAGCAACAACUCUUAUGUGAACUAGCUGAAGACUUUGUAUAACAAUUGUAAAUAUCUU